UUGGAUGGCUACGGUAAUCCUUACCAAGCAGCCAUCAACGGUGACAACCGAUUUGAACAUUCCAAGUCGUUCUCACAUGCUUCCAUUGCCAGCUUACACUCAGUGAUUGGAGACGCAGUUCGCCGCCGGUGGCGAUUUUCCAAAAUGGGCGUGGCCGCAAGCGGUGGAACGCGGACAGGCCACGCCCAUCGGAGCGGAGCCUGGGAAAAACAAAGAGUGGAAGACGAUGAACAAGCACACCUAUCACGAACACACCAUUAAGCAGGUGUCAAAGUGA